AAAAAAAAUGGUCGGGUUUGUUUUUUGCAGUGUUUAGAUCCUUGAUUUUCGUCGAUUUUCCUGGAUAUCCUAGCGAAUUCGUCGCCCGCUGGUUCGGGAACAAUUCUGGAUAAUAAAUACACACAUAAACAAUGACCAUGCAACAAUAUUGUCUACGUUGGAACAACCACCAGCCCAACUUUAUUUCAGUCUUUUCCAGUCUUUUAAUAAGUGAAUCCCUCGUUGAUGUAACACUGGCAGCCGAAGGUAAACAUCUACAAGCCCACAAAGUUGUUUUAUCAGCUUGCAGCUCCUAUUUUCAAUCGUUAUUUACCAUAAACCCUUGCCAACACCCCAUAGUAAUACUUAAAGAUGUUAAAUUUAUAGACCUAAAAAUAAUGGUCGAUUUUAUGUAUUAUGGAGAAGUGAACGUGUCCCAAGAACAACUACCCUACAUACUUAAAACGGCAGAAAUGCUAAAAAUCAAAGGCCUAGCCGAAAUACCAGUCGAACAAACUUUGAGCAAACCCCAUAACACUUCAAUUGAUAAAGCUGAAUUGCUUGUACCGUCACAAGAAUCAAAUUGGGGCUCUGACGUUGUGCCUAUGCAAUCUUCCACACCUUCACCUUGUCCUUUGAGUCCGGGAGCCAGAAGGAAAAGAUUAAGAAAAACAUCUUCAGGCUCCGGUUCAGGUGAUAGGCCAGAAAAUCUAGAUACUUCAGGCAAUGACAGUAUGCUACUGAGUCAAAAUAUGGUGGGUAAUAUUCUUGGAUCAGUAAUUAAAUCAGAUCCUGGAGGAUAUUUGUCAGACAACAGUAAUUUGGGUCAUAAAAGCAAACAGCAUAGCGGGGAGUCGUCAGAUCUGCAACGUGGUAGCUCCCAUGAGAGUGGUGACAGUGAUACUUUGCAUCAAAUAACUUUGCAAGUACCACAACACCAGCAACAACAACCACAAGAAGUUAAUAUCGGCCAUAAUUUGGACCCGGAACCUCCUCAAUCAGAUAUUCCAGGUUCUUCUGGGACUGUUCACCAGCAAUCUUUGACAGAUAAAGUAACAGUAGAAGAAAUCCUGCAACAAAACCAGCCACCGAUGGGUACCAAAAGAGGCAGGUUCCUCAUGCGCCAGCCCCGUAUAAAACGCGAAAGCGAUUCCAGUCAGCUCUCGGACAACGACUCGCCUUCUUUUCACUACUUGAGCGUGCCCCAUUCGGCUCGAGUGGAACGACAACAUUCCGAUCCUUUGCCGACCAUUUCACCACCUCCCGGGAACCUUUUAACGGUCCCCGGGGCGGUUUUGAUGAAACAGCAUUCACAUCCGUUGUUGCCCAGUCAAAUAAAACCACCUCUUUCUCCACCCCUUCAUAUACAUUUGAUACCGCACACUGAGUCGGAGACUAGUGCAGAAAGGGCUGUAAGUCCAGUGGUUGUGGUAAGUGAUUCUUAUGGGGAUUUGUCGAGGGCGGAUGCCGCUGAAGUCGCGCCCACUCAGAUUCUGAGGGUACGGACUGAUGAUUUGAAGAGGCGUGCUUCUUCACCGCAGAGUAGUACCCGUUCCCGUCACUGUCCAGUAAUUCGUCCAGGUCCAGCUUUGGGCUGUAAUUAUUGCUGGAACACUGUAGACGCGCACGGUAGAAUACUAAGAAGGAAAACCAAGUACCAUUGUCCCGAGUGCCAGACUAAUUUGUGCAUAGUACCUUGUUUUCAGGAGUACCACGAACGACACAGCUCAACACGAACCGAUCCAAUAUCUUUAACUAGUUCCGUAAUGAAGAUGUUCCCGAAAACUAGUACAAUGUGAGCUGUUGAAUGAAUUUGUUAAUUUGUUUUUUGGUCAAAUUUACAUGAGGAAGUUGUUAGAUAUUUAUUGAAUUUGCCUCAAAUCUUGUAAAAUAUUAUUAGUCUGACAACACACCUUGACGAUGUUGUUUUUGUCCCCUGUAAAAUUUAUUAUACAGGGUGCACCAUGAAGCUACUCCAUCUAAUUCUUAUUUUCAAUUGAGUCCUUUUUAUCAACCAUGACACGAGAAUAAGUAAAUAUUUUUAAUAGUUGUUAAGGACUAAUAAGCCAGAGAUUUAUUUUUGUGAUAUGUUGCGCAAGUAUUAAGCAAAUUUUACUGCGCUAGAUCAAAUGGAGAGUUAAAUUUAUCUUUUAGUCAAUUUUUGGAGAUACAUUUAACUCUCAGACAGACAUAAGUUUUGAUUCGAAGAUUGUUUGUUCUGUAAACGGUGUGUGUGAUCUGACAUAGUAAAGAGAGUAUACAAUACGCUCAGGAAUAGUUUACGAUAAGCAAAAAUUGUGUAUUUUAUAUAUUUCAUUUUAGAGUACUUAAAAAAAAUUUACAGAUGUACCUAGGCCGGUACUUGUAUAUAUUUUAUUCUAUUAUUGUCCCAAUGUGGGGCUUUGUAUAUGAAAAGAACAAAGAAAAUUUAUUGUUGUAUAUAAUCUUUGAUUACCGCACUUAUGUGUGGGUCCUAAAAGUAAUGCUUUAAAAGCUGCGCAAUUGUAUCUAUAGAUAUUUUUACCUUGUAACUAGGUGCUGGUUAAUAUUUACGUACAAAAAGAGUAUGUAUUUUUUGAGCUGAUUUUUUCAUAAAUAUUUUCCACGCCCUGUAUUAAAUUUGGUUGACUUUUUUCUCAGCCCAAUAAUAUAUUAUUUUGAUCUGAAGUUGUUACCAUAUUAAAUUUAUCGAUGAAAGUGUGAUAAUAAUAGUAUUUCGUACCUGUAAUUUUGCUUUUUUUAAAUUGUUGUAGCUUAUGUAGAGCAAAUUUGUUUGAAAAUACAUAUCAUAUUGUUAUUGUUUGCUCUAGGUAAGCCUCAUUGUCCAAAAAUCAAUGCAGAAACUUUUUACUAUAAUUAUUGUUUUGGGACUAUAAAGUCUAGUCAUAUAGGUCUUUUGUGACCGCAAAAAAAAAGUUGUAUGUAUUAAAUACAGAAAAUGUACUUUAUAUAUUUAUUUGAAAAGAAAAAUAACAAUAAAUAUUUAUUUCUAAAAAGAGUUUUGUAUGAUAAUUCUUAGGAAAGUUG